UCUUAGUUUUGAGUUAUUCUCUAACGUUGCAAACUUUAUACCUUCUCGUCACACCAAAUCCAAACCAAUGGGCAAAAUACUUAUUGAAAUCUGUUUGAUAUCAGCACGACAACUUCUUGUUGGAUCCGGAUUUGGAUCCUCACUACUAAAACACCAAUGGUUCGCUGUUGGAUGGAUCGAUCCAAAAGAUAAAUACUGCACCACAAUCGAUGAUUCAAGAUCAGAGAACCCUCUUUGGAGAACAAAGUUCAUUACUUCACUCCACGAUGAUGAUGAUUCCAAGAUUCAUGCCUUGAACGUUGAGGUUUAUAGCAGAGAGCCAAUCUUCUUAACGAAGAAGCUUCAUGGCUCUGCUACUGUUCCCUUGAAGGAGUUUCUAGCUAAGUAUAAGAACCAGAGUUCUUCGAGUUCUGUUGUUGAAGAAACUCGAAGCUAUCAGCUUAGGAAGACGAACUCAAGUAAGCCUCAAGGGUUUGUUGAUGUUUCGAUCCGUAUAUCUGCUGAAAGACAAGACUUUGGAGGUUUUACUGGAGAUUUUAGAGGAGUCAUGCUCUCUAACAACUCUGGUUACAUGGUCGGUUCAUCACAGCAUUCAUUUGCUUCACUGAACCAGCCAAACAAUUUAAACUCAUUCUCCGUCCUGCCAGAUAACCACAACCCACCAAUGCCUAAUCCUCUAACGAACAGUGCUUCCUCACAAAUGCAGCAACCUUACUAUCCUCCUCCACCAAUGCAACAAUCUUACUAUCCUCCUCCACAAAUGCAACAACCUCCACCAAUGCAGCAACCUUACUAUCCUUCUGCACCAAUGCAGCCACCUUCAUAUCCUCCUCCACCAAUGCAGCCACCUUACUAUCCUCCUCCACCAAUGCAGCCAUCACCACCACAAGCAACUUGGAACGCAGGCUACAUGCCGAGGUCAGAGAACGCUGUGAACAUUCCAUCAUCAUCAUCAUCGGAAGGAGCAGGAAGAGGAGAUGCAAGGACUGGACCAGGACUAGGAGCUGGUGCAGCUUCUUACGGUAGGGACUAUAUGUCAGGAGCAGAGUCGGACCAGAAGUUUUCGGAGCCCUACACAAAAUAA